CAAACACAACAAAAGGGGCAUAAUAUAAACCAGAACUUUAAUCUUUUUCAAUGGCUAAGCAAGCAUCUAUACCCACACGGAAUGAGCUUACAAAAGACAUUGCUCAAAAUGAACCGAACUGCUUCACAUAAAUUGGCCUUUUUCCGGUUUUGUGUCUCUCUCUUUUUUUUUUAUUUUAUUCAUUCUCUUCAGGCGUGCAUCUUGAAGCAAAGGAUGACCGUCCAGAGAAUUACUUAACUUCCAUGGCUCCAAUUACUCUUCAUUCCUUCUUUCUGGGCAGUUCUAGGGCUCUUCCAACUCCGCAAUAUCUGUUAUAAAACCCCACCAUUGUACUCCGUUGUUCUGGUCUUUCAGUGCUGUGGUGAAAAACCAAAGCUUUAAUUUAAUUACAAGUCUCAUACAGCAGCACAGUACGUUGCAUUAUUGAGCUGUGAGCAGUAACUGAAAGAAGCAGAGGUCACUUAGAAAUGAGAAGUGGCCUUUUUCUCCUCUAUCUGACUCUAUCAUUUAUUUCUCUCAUUCAUUGCGAUGCAGAGAGAUCAAUGAGAGAAUCAAAAGAUAAAAAACAUGGGAGAAUUUUGGCACACAAGCAUGCGAAGAAGUUGAGGAUGGCUUUCAAGCAUUUUGAAUUGUCUUCUUUAGAAUUUUCAAAUGCACAAAGUGUUGACUCAUCAUCUCCUUUGCCGCCUUAUGAAUCUCUGGCUCCAAUUCCUUUACAACAAAAUAGCCCUCCUUUUGGUUAUCCUCCCCCACCUCCAAUGGGCCUCCAAUUACCGCCUCCAGGCCCAACUGGAUCUCUUCCCACACCAACACCACAAAGUAUCCCAAACUCUCCUGACAUGGGUUCACCCUUACAAAAUCCUCCAAUUAUCAUCCCUGGCCCACCAGGUAACAUUCCAGGCUCACCUGGGUCUACAACAAGCCCACCAAGUACCAUCCCAUCCCCAAGUGGAGGCACUGGGCCUAACUCACCUGAACCAAUACAAAAUCCUCCUAUUGUUCUUCCAAGCCCACCUGGCUCUAUGACAAGCCCACCAAGCACUAUCCCAUCUCCAAGUGGGGGUAUUGGGCCAGGCUCACCUGAACCGAUACAAAAUCCACCAAGUACUCCCACGCCUCCAAAUGAAGGUUCUACUCCAGGCUCCCCAGAACCAAUACAAAACCCUCCUAUUGUUCUUCCAAGCCCACCUGGAUCAGCCACAAGCCCACCAGGCACAAAUCCAUCUCCUAGUGGAGGCAAUGUGCCCAGCCCAACAGUGUUUGAGCCUCCUGUAGUAUUUCCACCACCUUCUGUGCCUCCCCCUCCUGGCCUCAAGGCCCCAAGUGGAGCCUUAUGGUGCGUGGCUAAGCCAUCAGUUCCGGACCCAAUACUGCAAGAAGCCAUGAACUAUGCUUGCGGGUUAGGAGGAGAUUGUGAUCCCAUUCGGCCCAAUGGGCCUUGCUUUGAGCCCGACACUGUUAUUGCACAUACUUCGUUUGCUUUCAAUGGCUACUGGCAAAAUUCCAAGGCUUCUGGUGGGACCUGUGACUUUGGAGGGACUGGCAUGCUGGUGUCAGAGGACCCAAGCUAUGAUGGAUGCCACUUUGUCUAUAGUUAGUUAAAGAGAGCUUCCUUGAGCAACUUUUGGACCCAACAGCGAUACAAGAUGCAACGCACAUCAGUUUCUUUUCUUUAUCUUCAUUUUUGUUUCCCUCGGGAAAAUAAGAUAUGUUUGUCACCUUUAAUUGCAUAAAGAAUUUUCUAUUUCUUUUGAACUUAAAAGGGAAGAGAGAUUAAUUACAAGUAGAUUUUGUAAGUAAUGUAGAAUCGUGGGUUAAUGUCAUGAUUAAUUAAUUUGUUGCCUCUUG